UUUAAAGUCAUGUGAUCAAAAGAGUCCGUGACGUCACAUGGCAACAUGGCAGCCUGCUGAGAAAACGCUGUUUCUGUCUAAUUCCAUUUUUUCAGACGAAACUUUUUUCUCUCGCGGGGCACGUCGUCCGGAGGCCUUUGGCAGAGAUGAAGACCUUUUGUGGGAGAGCGAACCCCACCACCGGCGCUUUGGACUGGGUGGAGGAGAGCGAGGAGUACGACUACCACCAGGAGAUAGCCAGGUCCUGUUAUGCCGAUAUGCUCCAUGAUCAUGACAGGAAUGAGAAGUAUUAUCUGGGCAUCCGGGCUGCCGUAGCCAGAGUAAAGGCUCGUGGUGAGAGGGUGGUCGUCCUGGACAUCGGGACCGGAACCGGCCUCCUCUCCAUGAUGGCCGUCACUGCUGGAGCCGACCUCUGCUACGCCGUAGAGGUUUUCAGGCCCAUGGCUGAGGCGGCUCUGUCCAUUGUGCAGAAAAACGGCUUCUCUGACAAAAUCAAGAUUAUUAACAAACACUCAACAGACGUGACAGUGGGACCAGAAGGAGACAUGCAGCACAAAGCCAACGUGCUGAUCACAGAGCUGUUCGACACCGAGCUGAUCGGGGAAGGCGCUCUGCCCAGUUAUGAGCACGCUCAUCAGAAUCUGGUCCAGGAGGGCUGUGAGGCGGUGCCGCACCGAGCCACCGUCUACGCCCAGCUGGUGGAGUCGGAGCUGCUGUGGAGCUGGGCGCAGCUGCAGCCGCUGGAGGUGGGCGGGGCUCGGCUGGCCCCGCCCCCCGCCGUGGCCCGCUGCGCCGGAGCCCACUCGGUCUGCGACAUCCAGCUGAGCCAGGUGUCUCCCGCCAGCUUCACCGCCCUGAGCCCGCUGUGCACCAUGUUCAGCGUGGACUUCAGCAAACCGGUGAGCAGCGCCUUCCAGUCCGCCUCCUGCCGCUUCGUGGCCCGGACCAGCGGCCGGGCCCAGGUGGUCCUGUCCUGGUGGGACCUGGACAUGGAUCCCGGCGGAUCCAUCGUCUGCAGCAUGGCCCCCAGCUGGACGUACCCCCAGCCCCACACGGCCCCGUGGCGGGACCACUGGAUGCAGAGCGUGUACUUCCUGCCUGCGGAGAGCCGGGUGUCGGAGGGAGAGGAGCUGAGUCUGACGGUGUGCCACGACGACUACAGCCUGUGGUACAGCCUGCAGCCCCCCAGCCAGCCGGACGCACUGACCGAAGCCCCUCCCUCUCGGCCCUGCUGCACCUGCCAGGCCCACCUGGUCUGGACCCGGCCGCGGUUCGGGGAGCUCAACGACCGGCGCCGUGCGGCCAGCUACGUCGGCGCCCUGCGCAGCGUCCUGAGGGAGGACAGCGUGUGUCUGUCGGUCAGCGACGGCAGUCUCCUCCCCGUGCUGGCCCGUGCGCUCGGAGCCAAGAAGGUUUUCAGUUUGGAAAACUCCAGAAUGUCCAAACAGAUUAUCGAGCAGGUGUUGGAAGCUAACACCAUGAAAGGAGGCGUGGAGGUACUGGAGAUCCGACCUGAGCAGCUCACCAGCAGCGACCUCGGAGGGAAUCUGGUGUCGGUCCUGAUGGGCGAGCCCUACUUCAGCACCAGCCUGCUGCCGUGGCACUCGCUGUUCUUCUGGUACAGCCGCUCGGCCCUGGCCGGCCUCCUGCGGCCCGACGCCACCGUCCUGCCCCGCUCCGCCUCCCUGCACAUGCUGGCCGUGGAGUUCCAGGAUUUAUGGAGGAUAAGAGCCCCGUGUGGGACGUGUGAGGGCUUCGAUGUGACUCCAAUGGACGAAAUGGUUCAGCGGUCUCUGGAUUUCCGUGAGUCCCACGAGGCCGAGCCCCACCCCCUGUGGGAGUACCCCUGUCGGGCGCUGACUCAGCCCACCGCCGUCAUGACCUUUGACUUCACGCAGUGCGUGCCUCAGCAGCCAAUCAGCAGCCAGGGCGCUCUGCCUUUCAUAAGGGGGGGGCGCUGCCACGGCGUGGCCUUGUGGAUGGAGUACCAGCUAACUGAUGACAUCACCGUCAGCGCAGGCCUAGACGGGCCAAUCAGCGAGCAGGGCGCCUGUGAGUGGAGUCGGCACAGGAAGCAGGGGGUGUACUUCCUCCGGUCGGCGUGGGACACUUCGAGUGACAGCAGGGCCGCGGUGAAUUACAGCUUCAUCUUUGAGCCCAGUUUAGGAGACAUUAAGAUGGACUUCAGCAUCACGACUCAGUGA